UUGGGGUUUUGACGUCGUUACGCGCGGUCCGAUUCCAUUUGAUUCGUGCGAGAUCGGCGGCCAAUAACAGUUUUAUUAUUUACAGUUUCCAGUGCAAAAGCAAAAUUGUUAAAUUCUAGACAAGUAGACACAUUAAUCAGGAAGUGUAGCAUUAACUUGCAACAUUUGCAUUAACAUCAGGAAAUUCACAACUGUAGAUUAUUACAGAACAGUCAACAUGAUGUCGAAGAGAAUAUUGGCUCAGACAACACGCCAGCUGAUCCGCACCAGCUCCACAUUGCACUCGAAGGCGGCGCCGGCGGUCAUGUCGCAGCAGCAGAUCGAGAUGCCCGAAUGUGAGCAUCGGCCGGCGGCGUACAGUGGGCCCAGCUACGAGCAAAUCCUGGAAACCCGCAAAACCCAUCUGACGCCCAAUUUAAUGGCACACUUCAAGAAGCCGCUGGUCAUCCACGCCGGCCACAUGCAGUGGCUGUACGAUCACGAGGGCCGUCGCUAUCUGGACAUGUUUGGUGGCAUUGUUACCGUCUCCGUGGGCCACUGUCAUCCCAAAGUAAACCAGGCGCUGAGUGAUCAAAUCUCCAAGCUGUGGCACACGACGAACAUUUAUAUGCAUCCCAAGAUUCAUGAGUAUGCCGAGCGUUUGACAGCCAAGUUUCCGGGCAAUCUGAAGGCCGUGUGCUUUGUCAACUCUGGCUCGGAGGCCAAUGAUCUGGCCAUGCUAAUGGCGCGUCUUCAUACCGGCAACCAGGAUAUCUUAACCUUCCGGAAUGCCUAUCACGGCAUGUCGCCCUAUACAAUGGGUCUGACGGCACACUCCACGUGGCGCUAUCCGCUGCCGGGUGUGAACAAUGGCAUCCUGCAUGUCAUGAAUCCGGAUCCGUAUCAGGGCAUCUGGGGCGGCUCGGCUUGCCGCGAUUCGCCCGUGCAGACAACGCGCAGCUGCAAUUGCGCGCCCGACGAUUGCCAGGCGGGCACGAAUUACUACAAUGAGCUGGAGCAGACGUUCAAGUACUCGCUGCCCCGUGGCAAGGUGGCCGCCAUGUUUGCCGAGUCCAUUCAGGGCGUCGGCGGCACCGUGCAGUUCCCCAAGGGCUAUCUGAAGCGGGCGGCAGCGCUGGUUCGUGCCAAUGGCGGACUCUUUGUGACGGACGAGGUGCAAACUGGCUUUGGCCGCACGGGCGACCAUUUCUGGGGCUUCCAGGCGCACGACUACACACCGGACAUUGUCACCAUGGCCAAGGGCAUUGGCAAUGGCUUCCCUCUGGCCGCUGUCGUGACAACGCCCGAGAUCGCCGCCUCGCUGGGCAUGGCGCUGCAUUUCAAUACGUACGGCGGUAAUCCUAUGGCCAGCGCCGUGGGCAUAGCCGUGCUGGACGUCAUCGAGGAGGAGCAGCUGCAGCUCAACUCCCUGGAGGUGGGCACCUAUUUCCUCAAGUGCUUGCAGGAGCUGCAGCAGCGCUUCGAACUGAUCGGCGAUGUGCGCGGCAAGGGACUGAUGAUUGGCGUCGAGCUGGUCAACGAUCGUGAGACGCGUGCUCCGCUGGCUGCGCCCCAUGUGCUGGACAUCUGGGAGACGUGCAAGGAUAUGGGUGUGCUUUUCGGUCGCGGUGGUCUGCAUGGCAAUGUGCUCAGCUUUAGGCCGCCCCUGUGCCUCAAUUACGAGGAUGUGGAAUUUACUUUGCAUAUUUUAGAAACAGUUUUCGUGGAGCACAUGAACAAAAGGCCACGCAGCUGGAGAACAAUAACAACCAGAAGUCGUGGCAAUCACUAACAUUUACAAUAUUUUAUAUAAUAUUUAUUACUUAACAUAAGAUCAAAAUAAUUGAGCUGAAUUUGAGAGCAGCUUAGAGAGCGCAAAUCGAAUUGAAAAGCAGACUGUGAGCAUUUUACAUUCCAAUGACACUGAGCGAGGCUUCACCUUAAAUGUAGUUAUUUUUAAAAUUGUAUAUAUAUAAAUGUAUAUAUAUAUUGUAUAUAGAUAUUUUAGGCACAGCAUUUUCAUUUAAGAGAGUUCGAUCCUGUUUUGGCAAAGACUGUACAAUAGUUGAACUCUCGCAAGUAUUUGCGACAAUUCAUUUAGCAUUUGGUAUGUUUUUUUGUUUGCUUCUAAAUUUCUAAUUUAAUUUGUUAACAAUAAUUUAACUCAUUUUGCAAAUGCAAACUAUGUCUUAACACUAUUUAACACAAUUCCUAUUCGAAUCAGCAGACGCCAUCGUCAGCGGGUGUUGUUGUCACUUGUGGCUCAGGCAGGAGCCCGAUCUCCGUUGGCUAGACCUGUAUAUCAAUGGGUUUGCCAUCAUUGAUGUAGUCCGACGAGAGCAACGUUUCCGACAGCUCCUUGCGCGCCUUGUGCACCACCCAAAACAUCAGCGCGAGACCACAAAUUACCUUAAGUUCAUAAAAAGAAUAUUAAAUUAACUAGAACUUAUGUUUAGAAUUUAAAAUAUAACUAUUAACUUGCAUUCUAUACAUUGCUAGCAUUGCUUAUUAAUUAAAA